AUGGAGCUGCUGAACUCGGAGGUGGCCCACCAUGGGGCCCAGGAUCUUUUUGCUCCUGUGUGUUAUUGGUCUCUAACCCCACCUCUCUGGCCUACACUCCUGUGCUCAGGACUCAGCCACGAGACUGACGUGAAGAUUAUAAGCGGCAGGGAGUGUGUCCCUCACUCACAGCCUUGGCAGGUCGGGCUGUUUGUGGGCACCAACCUGCGCUGUGGAGGGGUCCUCAUUGACCGCAGGUGGGUCCUCACAGCUGCUCACUGCAGCAACAGCAGGUACUGGGUGCGCCUGGGGGAACACAGGCUCAGCCGACUGGACUGGACGGAACAGAUUCGGCGCAGCGGCUUCUCUGUGACCCACCCCGGCUACCAGGGAGCCCGGCAGAGCCAUGACAAUGACCUCCGGCUUCUGCGACUGGGCAGCCCCGUUUUCUUGACCCAGAGUGUCCAGCCCCUGCGCCUGCCCACCACCUGUGCAGCACCCGGCACUGAGUGCCUUGUCUCAGGCUGGGGCCUCACCAAUCAAUCAUGGAGCCCAUUCCCGGAUCAGCUCCAAUGCCUCAAUGUCUCCAUCGUCUCCAAUGCCAAGUGCAGGGCCGUGUUCCCCGGGAGAAUCACGGAGAACAUGGUGUGUGCGGGCGGCGUAGCAGGGGAGGAUGCCUGCCAGGGUGACUCUGGGGGCCCUCUGGUGUGUGGAGGAGUCCUUCAGGGUCUGGUGUCCUGGGGGGCCACGGAACCUUGUGGGCAAAAAGGCAUCCCGGGAGUCUACACCAAUAUUUGCAAAUACGUGGACUGGAUCCAGAAGAUCAUAAGAAACAACUCCUACUGCACUGCCACCGGCGCCGGCCCCCAGAGCCCCAGCCCCAGAGCCCAAGAACCUGGGGCCUGCCCUUCCCCCCUCCAGGCCAUGACGAUUCUGCGAUUAAUCAUGCUGGCUCUGGUGACAGGGCGUGUAGGGGGAGAGACCAGGAUCAUCAAAGGGUACGAGUGCUCUCCUCAUUCCCAGCCCUGGCAGGUGGCUCUGUUCCAGAAGACACGGCUGCUCUGCGGGGCAACGCUCAUCGCUCCCAAAUGGCUCCUGACAGCAGCCCACUGCCGCAAGCCCCGAUACAUAGCUCACCUGGGGGAGCACAACCUCCAGCAGCGGGAUGGCUGUGAGCAGACCCGAAUAGCCACUGAGUCCUUCCCCCACCCAGACUUCAACAACAGCCUCCCCAACAAAGACCACCGCAAUGACAUCAUGCUGGUGAAGAUGGCGUCACCAGCCAUCAUCACCCGGGCCGUGCGACCCCUCGCCCUGUCGUCACGCUGUGUCACUCCUGGCACCCGCUGCCUCAUUUCUGGCUGGGGCACCACGUCCAGCCCUCAGUUGCACCUGCCUCAUACCUUGCGAUGCGCCAACAUCACCAUCAUCGAGCACAAGGAAUGUGAGAAUGCCUACCCCGGCAACAUCACAGACACCAUGGUGUGUGCCAGUGUUCGAGAAGAGGGCAAGGACUCCUGCCAGGCCAUGAGAUCCCCGCACCUCCACCUCUCCGCCACCUCGGGCGCCCGGGCCCUGGCGAAGCUGCUGCUGCCGCUGCUGACGGCGCAACUCUGGGCCGCGGAGGCAUUGCUGCUCCCCGUAAACGACACGGGCUCGGACCCCGUGGCCUCCGGCGCCCCUUGCGCGCGCGGCUCGCAGCCCUGGCAGGUCUCCCUCUUCAAUGGCCUCUCGUUCCACUGCGCGGGCGUCCUGGUGGACAAGAGUUGGGUGCUCACGGCCGCGCACUGCGGGAACGACAAGCCGCUGUGGGCUCGAGUGGGAGAUGACCACUUGCUGCUUCUCCAGGGCGAGCAGCUCCGCCGGACCACUCGCUCCAUCAUCCACCCCAAGUACCACCAGGGCUCGGGCCCCCUCCUGCCAAGGCGGACGGACGAGCACGACCUCAUGCUGCUGAAGCUGGCCAGGCCCGCUGUGCUGGGGUCUCGCAUCCAGACCCUACGCCUGCCCUACCGCUGUGCCCAGCCUGGAGACCAGUGCCAGGCCGCUGGCUGGGGCACCACGGCCGCCCGAAGAGUGAAGUACAACAAGGGCCUGAGCUGCUCCAGGGUCACUAUCCUGAGCCCUAAAGAGUGUGAGGUCUUCUACCCUGGUGUGGUCACCAGCAACAUGAUAUGUGCAGGACUGGAGCGGGGCCAGGACCCCUGCCAGAUGCAUCUCCAUCGCCUCAACUACCGCAAGCUGCAGUCCCAGCUCCGCCACAUCCCCAUUCUCAUUCCCCAAUCCAACACCCGGCACAGCUGGGCAGACAUCCGAGCCAUUGGGGCCGUGGAAUGCCGCCCCAACUCGCAGCCCUGGCAGGCCGGCCUCUUCUACCUCACCCACCUCUUCUGUGGGGCGUCCCUCAUCAGUGACCGCUGGCUGCUCACAGCUGCCCACUGCCGCAAGCCACAUCUGUGGGUCCGCCUCGGGGAGCACCAUCUCUGGAAAUGGGAGGGUCUAGAGCAGCUGUUCCGAGCCACAGACUUCUUCCCGCAUCCUGGGUUCAAUGAUGACCUCAGCGCCAAUGACCACAAUGAUGACAUCAUGCUGAUCCGUCUGCCCAGACAGGCACGGCUGGGACCUGCUGUGCAACCCCUCAACCUCAGCCAGACCUGUGUCUCUCCAGGCACCCAGUGCCUCAUCUCAGGCUGGGGGGCCGUGUCCAGCCCCAAGGUGCAGUACCCGCUCACGUUGCAGUGUGCCAACAUCAGCAUCCUGGAGUCCAAACUCUGCCAUCGGGCAUAUCCUGGCCACAUCUCGGACAGCAUGAUCUGUGCCGGCCUGUGGGAGGGGGGCCGGGGCUCCUGCCAGGUGAGACCUACACUAGGGAGGAGGGAGAUGGGUAUCCUGCGGGGAUUCCUGGGUCCUGUGGAGAAGGGAGUUGGGGCCCCAGACUUCCUGGAUCAAAGCAAGGAGGGAGUCGGGACACCCGGGUCCUGGGAGAGGAUGGGGCCAGGGCCAGGAUUCCUGGAUCUAGAGGAGGAGGGGACUGGGGGUCUAGACUGUAAGUCCUGGGGGAAGCGGGGACUAGGAGACGACAGUGCUAGGUCCAGGGGUGAGGGUGACUCUGGGGGGCCCCUGGUUUGCGACGGAACCCUGGCAGGUGUGGUAUCUGGGGGCGCCGAGCCCUGCUCCAGACCCCAGCGCCCCGCCGUCUAUACCAGCGUUUGCCACUACGUGGACUGGAUCCGAAAGACCAUGGAGGACAACUGA